UGUGAAUUCCUAAACACGAUUUGUGUAAUGAUGCCGUAAUAAACCGUUUCGUAAGAACACAGCAGUGAACAGUAACACGUAGUGUGUACCGGGAACUGUAUUUCCUGGGUGCGGUUUCUACCCGGAGCGAUUUCAUUGAUGCAGUGAGGUAUGGCUGUUUCCUUUUGGAGGGGCUUACUGACUAGAAGAAGGGUAAUAUGCCUCCAUCAAAGGCGGCAUUCCCUUUACAGCAUCAGCCAUGGCUACAAUGAGGCGGAAAUUAAGGUGAAACUUGCACAGUUCCCAGGAGGAUCUAUAAAUCUCCAUAAAGGCGAUAAUGGUAUUGCAGAGCUGUGUAUAAAUAAUCCAAGUCGCAUGAAUGCGUUCACAGGAACAAUGAUGAUACAGUUGGAAGAACGGAUAAGUGAUCUGGAAAAUUGGCAGCUUGGAAAAGGACUCAUUGUUUAUGGAGCUGAGAACACCUUCUGCUCUGGCUCUGAUCUGAAUGCUGUUAAAGCUAUCUCCAACCCACAGGAAGGUAUUAUGAUGUGCAUGCUAAUGCAGAACACACUGACAAGACUGCAGAGAUUACCACUUAUUAGUGCAGCAUUAAUCCAAGGAAAAGCCCUAGGUGGAGGAGCUGAGCUCUGCACUGCUUGCGAUUUCAGACUAAUGGCCAAGGGAAGUGAAAUAAGAUUUGUUCAUAAACAGAUGGGUCUAGUUCCAGGAUGGGGAGGAGCUGCACGAUUAGUCCAUCUUAUUGGAAGCAGACAUGCCCUGAAACUACUUAGUGGUGCAGUCAGAGUUGACCCUGAAAAAGCAUUGGACAUUGGGCUGGCUGAUGACAUUCUACCUAGCGACAACAUAUUAUUGGAAGAAGCACUGAAUUGGAUAACAACAUAUACCAAAGGUGCCCCUGAUGUAAACAGAGCUCUAAAGAAAGUUAUACUUUCAGGAAGAGAGUUACACCUUGAAGAAGCUUUAAGAACGGAGAAGGAUAUAUUUGGAACAGUAUGGGGUGGGCCUGCCAACCUCCAAGCCUUGUCAAAAGGGACCAAACAUAAAUAAAUUAAUUAAUUUAUAAUUCAACAA